AUGGAUGAGACGCUAAUCCAAGACGGCCCCGGGCUGGAACAGAGACCGCCGCCGACCAAGCCCAGACGCGGUGACGGCGUCGGCAUCGGCCCGCGCACCUCCACAGCUUGCCUCAUGUGCCGUGACAAGAAAGUCAAGUGCUCCGGUACGCGGCCUUGCGUAUACUGCGUCAAGCGUGGCCUAGACUGUGUUUUUACUCGGCCGUCUCGGCGGAGACUCUAUUCAGUCACCCACAUACGAAAUCUGGAAGAGAGAGUGGCACAGUACGAAAGUCGUGACGAUGUGAGCCAAGCAGGCUCCGGGCAGCCUGCCUCUGCACACAGCUUGCCAUCUCCUGCAGCUCAGAGACCGCCUUCAUUGUCCGAAACCCAUGUACAAGGUGAUGUUUCACGCAAUGGCAAACAUACGCAACAGCAACAGCAGCAGCCGUCACUAUCUCCUCGAUCUCCACAUCAUGAGGUUCUCGAACCCGUAGUGACGACAUUGAGCCCAAGACCAACCCGGGAACCGACAGGUAAGCCAAGCAUCAUCGCUUUCUUGCGUCCAUCAGACCGUGCUCACUAUUCGAUCUCUCUUUACCCAGCUCUUACGCCUGGAACCUCUCUCUCUUCGAGCGACACGUUUAGCUCCGAGCUAAGAACCCUCUUGAUUGAACGAUCGAGGCCAAACCCAGGACCAGUCUCUGCUCGGCCUGCUGAUACUACUCCACGAUCCAUCUGCCAGAGCCGGCUAGGUAUAGACAAGAUCAAGUACUGGCCUACAGAAGACGACGCGCAUAGCAUGCUGAACAUUGUCGUCCUGAACGUGGGCAUAUCACAGCAGCUCUUUGACGUUAGAACCUUCUCAGAUAAUCUAUUCUCCCUCUUUAAUGAUAGCGCCGCUGAUACUGGAGUGACCGAGCUAUGGUAUGCUGAGUGUCUCCUGGUCUUUGCAAUCGGGAGGCUUCUUCAAGCCAAGUGGGAUGACAUGUCUAAGCCACCGGGCGAUGAGUUCUUUCACGAGGCGCUCAAGCGCAUGCCCGAUCUCAGUAGCCUACGAAAGCAAGGAGUCUUGGGCAUCGAACUGAUGGGACUGUCGGCCCUCUACCUACAAAUCGCAGACCGAAAAGAGGACGCUUAUCUCUACGCGAGCUCAGCCCUCCGUCUAUCGUUGGGUCUUUCUCUCCACAAGUCUGGAUCUUACAGAAGUCAAAGGCGUUCGGAAGCUGUGCAUCGAAACCGGCUCUGGUGGUCGAUCUACAUGCAGGAACGAAGACUUGCAGCUGCUGUAGGCUUCCCCAUGUCCAUUUCAGACACGGAAAUUACUGCAUCCCAGCCCGCGGAUCAUAUCGGAUACCAAUCUGCUGCUGCCAUCGCUGUUAACGCAAAGCUGGCUCAGAUCACAGGCCGCAUCACCACCACCAUCUACUCUCAGAGCAAUCAGGAGGAGGCAACUUUCAUCAAGGAAGUACAGGACAUCCUACAGUCGCUCCGCAAGAUCGAAAAUGAGAUGCCAGCGGAAAUUUCAGGCGGAUCAAACCCUACCGAACUCAUACUUCACGAGGCACCGUUGUCCAGCUCACAACUGUCAUCGGCAAGGACAACUGCAUCCCUCCAUUUGACGGUUAAUCAGAACAUCAUAUACGCAGUGCGGCCGAUCCUCUUGUAUAUGGCUCGUAACAGCUUCAGCGGAGGAAACGACUUGUACACAUCCAUGAGCCCUGCUCUUCGCCGCCUUGCAGAUACAUGCGUCGAAGCAGCCCGCAAGAGCUUGGUCAUUCUUCAUGGUCUAUGCAAACAAGACAUUAUUGCCAAGCAUGCGUUCCUUGAUCUCGACUGUCUCUUUUCCACCGGCUUUAUCUUCGUUCUCGCAGUCAUCAUCAACUCUGACAAAGCUCAGGCCUAUCAAGGUAUCGAGAGUGUCCGGAGCAUCCUGACGCAUCUCUCCAACCUAGGCAAUAGAGCUGCUACGAAGCGUCUGGCUGAGAUCGAUCAGAUGUGCACCAGCCUAACUCUUGAGACAGAGACGCCAGAUGUCGAGGCUGCACAGCCACAAAUGCUUAUGCAACCAUUUUCUUUUCAGGCGUCGGGAGCUGCGCCCAUUGCGUCGAGUGAGCCACAAGACCAGGACCUGACGAGUGAGAAUGCCCUUGGAGAACAAGAUGCCGUCAUGGCCGGUGCACAAGACCUUGGCGACAUCGUGCUCGAGGGUGAAGACGACCUCUACUGGAUUUAUCACAAUCCAUCAUUGUCACUCACGGGCGUAGAACAAUUGGAUUGGGAGACUUUGGAAAAUCACAUGGUGUAA